AGUUGAUUUUCAAACGGCAAUCGCAACAGUAUUCAAUUUACAUCUUGAAAUCAGUGUCGAUUUUUUUUUUACUUUUCAUCGUGCAAAUAGCUUGUUAUGAUCUAUGAAGGACUAUCAGUGGUUUGGUGAACUAGAACAGAGUACAGAUAAUUAGUUCGUUGAUAGAGAAUAAAGUUUGUUUUGAAAAGGAAUAGAUUAAUAUUUUUUGUUCACAUCAUACACUAUCGACAUAGUUAGAUGAAUGGAUGGGAGAUGAUAUGUGGAUUUGGGACGUUUCAAAGCAUUGAAUCAAAUCGUGAUGAUGAUGAUAUCUCCAUUACUAAUUUAUUCUUGUAUGGACAUGAAAAGAGAGAAGGGAAAAUAUGCUAAUCGCACACUAAAAUGAAAGUAGCUGACUGUCUAUUGUAAACGUGUUGUUAUUUUUUAUAAGCAACGGAACGACUGAAAAUGUCGUUUUUCUCAAAUUGUAAACAUUCCAUUUCAGUUUUCCACUUAGAAAAGUAGGACUAGUUUCAUUUAAGCCAUCAUCAGAUAUCAUGGAUAUAGCGUGACUUUGCGUAUCAUGAGCAAGCAAGAAACGGAGACAUUGGAAAUGGCUACAGACAGACAAGUUGACCAACAAAAUGAUGUGAGUGGUGCAAUUGAUGCUCGAUAUUUGAACUGAACUAGACACAAAGGAAUUCAAUGAAAACGAAAACAUUAUAGCAAAAGUCUUUAAAAAUAGUAUCAGCCCCCGGUUUAGAUAGAUGUGUACAAAUCAUUUAGAAAACUGCAUUCAACCUUGUGCUGAAACAAAAGAGAGAAAGAAAACUGUGCUAGACAUAAAACAGAGUGCUAAACGAAUUUAUUUCAAUGUAUAGUGCAAGUAGCUAAUUAAACGUUCGAUCGUGCAAACAAUAACAAAUAUUCAACAAUACUUAACAAGUAAUCUAACCGCUAGACUUUGAGAAUAGAAAAGAGUUAGUAAGCCAAAGCAUAAAAAGAACGAAUAAUAAAAAUGUCAACAUCAACGCUGGGCGGCUUUGAACGUGAAGAACGCAAAAUUCUCUACGACGAAUAUUUAUUUCAGCGCCGUGUAUUGUUCAUAAUUACAAUAUCGAUAGUGUUCGCAGCAUUUAUAUGGACUAUUGCGAUUUGUACGGAUCAUUGGAUUCUGGUUGCCGGCGAAAAACCUAUUUUUAUACCAAUAAGUGAACGAUAUUUUCUCUCAUCACAUACGGGUCUAUGGCGCUUAUGUCGAUACGCAUUGACGCCAAUUUUGCUGACAAAUUCCACUUUACCUCAACUAUUAACAAAACUAAUUGUAACUGAUAUUAGCGAGAUUAGCCAGCUGAAAAAAGACAUUCGCAACGAAUCAUAUAUCAAAGAAUGGCAAGACCUAAACGUUCCAAUUGACAAUGUAGACCGCAUAGACAAUCGUUUCAAACAAGCACUAUUUGCAAAUUGGAUUCUCGAAACAAAUGACUUUAAUAACAUCAAAACCAGAUAUAAAAAACUUGCCAACAAUUCGAGUGUUGGUAAAGUAAAAAACGUAUCCCGUUGUGUUAUACCCAAUCACAAUUUGACAUUAGUAAAAGAGCUGUUUGGACUCACCCCCCUGAAUGUUCGAGUAAGUGCAACACGUCAAGCUUCAGUUAUUGUGCCCGGAGACUUACAAAAUGCACUCUUUGAAGAAUGGCCACAAAAAGAGAAAGUCGUUUUGUUGCUGGGCCAAUUUGCCAAGGAAAUGAAUAUAUCAGCAAAUGUCAUCUUAAAUGGCACACAACUUGUUCUACAACCAAUUGACCCACCACCAUCCAAGCGUCAACCAAGUUCGGACUAUCGAUAUGUUAAAUAUGAAAUUUGCAAGUACCACAACUUUUUUCCAUUGAUAAAUGAAACCGAAUACGACCCAUCAAUAGACGAGGUUCUACUAGGCUAUACAAACGAAACAUUUGACGAAGAAAAAUUCAAAGCACACACGCAUGCGUGGGGGUAUAUUCAAGAUCUUGUGCGGACUCAGGCAUCGUUUGCUUGUAUUUGCUUGCUUAUUAUGACAAUGGCUUUUGUAUUUUCAAUGUACACAUUUUUAAAUCCACGAUACAUGUUCAAAAGACUGGCGGCCGGCGUUCAUUUCAUAUCAGCAUCCAUAUGCUUUGUAGUGUUGCAAAUAGUAUCAGGCGUCGUUCAGUAUGAAAGAGAAAACAUGAAGUAUUUGUUUCCCACAGGAGCUGAAUACAGCUAUGGAUACGGCGUUUAUAUGGCAUGGGCUGUAUUUAUAGUAAAUGCAUCGGCGUGCUUUUUAUUCUUAUGGUAUUCAAAGAAGAGAAAAGGCAAUAAAGCUCCAACUGAAGAGCUGGCGAUGGCCGAUGAGCCCAUUGGAUUGGGGAGAUAAAGCUGGAAUUUUUCUCAUUUUGUUUUUAAAAAUAUCAUAACACCAACUCCAAAUAAAAAUCCAUUGCGAAAUGUUAUUUAUUCAUUUCACUUUUAUGCCUUCUUUAAUUACAUAUUUAAGUUUUGUUUAUUCACAACAUUGUUGAAGGAA